AUGGAAUUGGCAAGUGUCUCCAGUAUCACCACUUCCGAUAGUGACUUCUGCCAACCGCCGAUACCCAUUGCGCGCGGUGCAAACCGCAAUUGGAUCAGCAGACCUACCCUCAACAGGUUACGAAGAAAUCAGGGGCCAUCUAAAGCGGAAACUCGGUCGCAUUAUGCAUCGAUGUAUGCGAUGAUGGCGCCAAAUGAUUGCUCGUCGUCAUUUGAAGCAGAAACCACUAAUGAAGAAGAUGAUGAUUUGGAAUUUGCCGAUCGAAAUCAUCGUUCCCAUGCCCCACUGAUCCGAGGCCUAAGCAUGAUCGAGGAAUUAUCGCCGAUCGUUGAUUCGAGUGAUGAGAUGAUUCCAAAAGUGCCCUCACUGCAGCUGACAAGAAAUUGGCAUCCGCUGGCUACCUCAACCACAACCUCAAUGCAUCAAGUUGGCUUACCCAAGACUAAUCCUCAUCAUUCGAAGAUGAUUGCUACAUCAACACCAACAUCUUCAGCAGCAGCAAUAGGCAUGCGUUAUCGUGGUCCAUUAUCAAACGUUUAUAAUAAUGAUAAUAAUAAUUCAUACGAUGCGCUGGAGCGACCAGAAAGUUUCUUCGAAAAUACACCUCGUUUGGAAUGGAGUCGGCCGCAGUCCAAAAUUUUGUCCACUGCUGGUGGCUUUCCGAAUACGAAUUGGAAAUCGGAUCAUUUCGGACUUCCGGCACCGUUUGCUCGAAGAAUCGGCUGCAAAGGCAAGCUACAGCUCACGAUGUCCGUUUCGGGAUGCCUUUUGACGGUCAGCGUUGUGCAAGCU